UAUCUUCAGAACUAUGCUCCAAAACUGCAGAAACUAUGUGAAGGGCUGGGAUACUUCUUCCUUUCUGUCCAUUUCCCUGUUGAGCGUGCGAAUGACUGUGCACAACUGAGAAAAUAUGAAGCUGAGAAAAGCUCACUAGCCAUUCUGUUCAUGAGUUCAUUUUUACCCAGCUGUAUAUUGGAGGACUGCGAAUGUUUAUUCUUGAGGAACCCAGAAGUCAGACCUUUGCUUAUCUGCCAUAGAAGGGAGAGUGGGAAAGCAAUCACUGAAACUGCACAGCAGUUACUAGAUAGAGUUUUUGAAGUCAACAAGGCAAAUAAAGCUAAGAUCAUUAAUCACAGUGGAGAAGCAGAGGAAGGUGUAUGCCAGACAUUCACCCAACUAGAAAAGAUUAUUAAACAGGAACUGCUGGGUUGUGAAACCACAGACCUUGAAAACAAGGAUUCUGGAAUUGAGAGCGACUCUACCUGUCCGGAGGAAGAUGACUUUGGAGAAGUACUGUUGGAUAUGCAUUAUGAGCAAGAACAGAUGGAGGCUUUCUAUCAGGCUUCAAAGUCCACGUGUGAACUUGGAUUUGAGAAGUAUUAUGAACAUCUGAAUGAUCUGGUUGCUGCCCCUGCACCUAAUCCACCCAUUUUGGUAUCGGGAGGUCCUGGCUCAGGAAAAUCUUUGCUUCUCUCAAAGUGGAUUGAACUCCAGCAGAAGUGCUCACCAAGCACUCUAAUACUUUAUCAUUUUGUUGGAAGACCUCUCUCUACCAGUUCAGAAUCAUCACUAAUAAUCAAACGUUUCACUUUAAAGCUGCUACAGCCUUCAUUGUCAUCGUUGUGCAUGGAACCCAUUAAACUUUUGGAAGAAUUUCCUCGCUGGUUGGAGAAGCUCUCUGCCUGUCACCAAGGGAGCAUCAUCAUCAUUAUUGAAUCUGUAGAUCAAAUACAGCAUGCUGAAAGACACAUGAAGUGGCUGAUUGACCCACUGCCUGUGAAUGUCAGAGUAAUUGUCUCAGUAAAUGUGGAAACAUGUCCACAACCUUGGAGGUUGUGGCCAACACUGCACCUUGAUCCAUUGAGUCCCAAGAAUGUGAAAGCUCUGAUUGCUGCGGAAUGUCAGUGUGCUGACAUCAAAUUGUCCAGGGAACAGGAGAAAACCUUUGAAAGACACUGUCGAUCUGCUGCAACAUGUAAUGCCUUGUAUGUUGCCCUCCUUGCUAAAAUGUUUACUUGUAUCCAAGGUGCAGGAAAUAUUAAUGACUUACUACAGGCCUAUUUCCAGUGCCAGGACACAGUGUCACUGUAUAAGCUAGUAUUCAAGUCUGUGCUGGAAUCUUUGCCAAAUGAGCAUGACAAACUCUUAAUGAAAGAGAUUCUUUGUGUGAUCUGUAUAAGUCGGAAUGGUGUAAGUGAAUCAGAACUGAUGGAACUGUAUCCAGAACUUUCCUGGCUCACACUGGCCUCUCUUGUGCAUAGUCUGCAGAGACUGUGUGUGCUAACAUAUGGUUGUGGACUUCUCAAGUUUCAGCAUCUCCAGGCAUGGGAAGCAGUAAACCAUGAAUAUCUAAAUGAAGGAACAAGUUUUAUUUCUUCAUACAGGCAAAAACUGAUCAAUUAUUUUACACAGCAAAUAUGGUAUGAGUCCUUGUCUCUUCGGAGCGGGGACCCCCUUCCAUGGCUACUACAGCAGCAAAGGCAAAGUCAAAAACUCCAUUCAUGCUAUUUAAGUGCUUUUGUUACUAAAAAUUUGUGGAAGAGGGGACAUUUGGCUGAUUUACUGAGCUACUGGCAGCUGGUUGGUAAAGAUAAGAACUCUAUGGCUUCUGAAUAUUUUGAUUCUUUAAAACAAUAUGAAAAGAUUUCUGAUGGAGAGGCCAAUCUGAGACGUUUGGCAGACCUCUACGAAACCUUGGGGCGGUUUCUUAAGGAUCUGGGCCUCCUAAGUCAGGCUGUGGCACCAUUGCAGCGGUCUUUGGAGAUUCGUGAAACAGCACUGGACCCUGACCAUCCUAGUGUGGCUCAGUCACUGCACCAACUGGCAGGUCUGUAUGUUCAGUGGAAGAAGUUUGGAAAUGCUGAGCAGCUUUACAAGCAAGCACUAGAAAUCAAUGAAAACGCUUACGGAACUGAGCAUCCAAGGGUAGGACGUGAGCUUGAUUCACUGGCAAUGCUGUAUCAGAAGCAAAACAAGUACGAACAAGUUGAACAGCUAAGAAAAAGAUCAUCGAAAAUCAAGCAAAAGACUGCAUGGCAGAAAGGAAACAUGUAUGGAUUUUCUCUUCGCCACCGCCGUGUACUACAGCUAGAAGAACUGACUUUAGGUAGUGAUUCACCUGAAAAUGCUAGAACACUGAAUGAGUUAGGGGUACUCUACUACUUGCAAAACAAUUUAGAGGCAGCGGAAAUUGCUCUAAAACGCUCUCUGGAAAUGAGAGAGCGAGUCCUUGGUCCAGAGCAUACUGACUGUGCUCAAUCUCUGAACAACUUGGCAGCUCUGUAUAAUGAAAAGAAGGAAUUGGACAAAGCUGAGGAACUGUACAAGAGGGCUCUUGAUAUACGCCGGAAAUUACUGGCACCUGACCAUCCAUCCCUAGCCUAUACUGUGAAACAUCUUGCAGUCCUUUACAAAAAGAGAGGAAAACUUGACAAAGCUGUGCCACUGUAUGAGCUAGCUGUAGAAAUACGACAGAAGUGUUUUGGCUCAAAACAUCCCAGUGUGGCUACUGCACUCGUAAACCUGGCUGUGUUAUAUUGUCAGCUGAAGAAGCACAGUGAAGCCUUACCUUUGUAUGAGCGAGCUUUGAAGAUCUACGAGGACAGUUUAGGUUGUACUCAUCCUAGAGUGGGGGAAACACUGAAAAAUUUAGCAGUUCUGAGGUAUGAAGAGGGAGAUUUUGAAAAAGCUGCUGAACUGUAUAAAAGGGCCAUGGACAUAAAAGAGACGGAAAUCUGCCUAAUAGAAGGAAAAGUGCGAUCUAUGCAUUCAUCCAGUGGUGACACCUUUAGUUUAAAGAACAUGUUGCGGCCAAAUGCUUACCCCGAGUAGAAAUACGUGAUGCCUGUUGAAAAACACCAGUGAAUAACUUGCUACAGUGUCUGAGGAAAAUCUGCAUUACUAGAGUCCAGACUGUGGACAACUAUAGAAAACGUGAAAGGAGAGUUGACAGCUGAAAGCGAUGGCAAAAUGAGUACCACUGUAAUUGUCCUUCAUAACCAUGCACAUUUCUUCAGCAUAUGUUUGUGGAUAGUCUUGAUAACUCAAUGCUGCUGUUUGAUUCUGGGUAGAAUUGUUUUGAUGUCUCAAGUGCUGCUGUUUGAUCAUGGGUGGGUGUACCUUUCCACUGGAAUAUUUACGUACUAGAACUGCUGAUGUUUCUUUACUUAAAAAAAAAAAGUUGCCUUAAUAUAAAUGUAAGCCUGUCUUAACUUCAGCAAAUUGGCUGUAGAAGGAAGUCACUGCUGUGGUUGGUAAGUUAAAUCCUGAAAAUCCCUAGAAUGUUAUCCUGCCACAGGUAUCCAUUGCACUAGUCCUAAAGGAGCUGGCUUUGCAACUGGCUAGCUUGGGCACUUGCCAAACUAACCUGCUCCUUCAUGUCCCCACUAACACUACCACAUCAUUGAACUUGGUUAACUGGAUUCCCCUGGCAGGUAAUAUAUCCCCUCCAGCUUUACAGGUAUAACCUUUCUCAUUUUGUCUGAAUUUGGGUUUCAGAUGUAAAAAUUGCAUUUUAUUUCCCUUGUUUGUUAAAUUAUGAAAAGUGGUUUCAAACAUUAAAAAAGUAUAAAGCACUGUAUUUUGCCAGGGUAGCAAAACCUGACUUAAAUUUAAAUUUAAAGAUGUUAUUUUUCCCAUAUCAGAACUGUUUCCAGUAGUGAUAUACACAUUAAUCCAUAGCAUAUACUGCAACUGCAUCACACACUGAGGCCCAUCUUCAGUAUGGGACUUUCAAAUCAUGUAUGUAAGCAGAAGCAGUCAUGAAGUUCCAUCCUGCGUGACCUUUAAUACAUAUUGUCAAGUCAAACAUCUUUCUGUCUAGUUUGUGAUGUCAGCAGUUUCUACUGUGCUGCUUGAUCACUGACUUAGCCACAUACCUUUUCAUAAAGAAAUGUUUGUGCAUUAUGUAAAUCCCUGAUAGUCUUCCGGUUUCAUUCCUCCAUACCAUGUUGGUUGAUGUUUUUCUUCUGAUGAAAGUCUUACCUGUUAAUUGAAGUGAAAUGGUAAUGCUAACCCUGCUCUACAAUACCUUUGUGUGUGUAUAUCUGUAACAUACGUCUCUGGUAUGCUAGCAGAUAUAUGCAUAGUUUUCCCCUGGUUGCACAGUAGAACUCUGAUUGUGACUCUGUGGUGUCUUAGUUGUAUAGUUUCCAUUUCCCUUUAAUCCUUUUUCAAGGCUGAAGCAGCUGUACCCAGAAUUUCAGACAGGACCUCACUAAUGGCUGAAAAAUACCUGUGUGAUACUAUUAGUUAGGUCUCUAGUGCUGGUGUUUGUUCAUCCUGUUUGAGUGAAUGGGUUCCAAGAGUUAUGGGGUUAUUCAUUGCAGGGAAGGCUGUACAAAGAAGAUCUCUUAGAAGAAUCUGCAAGAUUGCAUAGAGGGAUAAGGACUUUAAUAUGCCAAAGAAGCUAUGAAUUCUAAGAUCCAAAGUCAUUUUAGUGAAAAAACGGUGAGGUCUGUCAAUGUGGUUUAUAGGCAUUAUAUAAAAUGAUGGGCAUAGUAAGGGGGAAUGAAGUGGAACUUUAACUUCUGUGGAUCUUGAGAGGAUACCUUGAAGGACAAGUUCUGCAAGAUAGAAUGAUUUUCUAAAUGUGAUAGAGAUGUGGUGGUCAAAUUUAAGUGGAAUGUUAUCUGUAUGGUAUGUGGCAUUGGUGGUGGAUUUGCCAAAGGAAACCACAGUGGAUACCCUAUCAGUGAUGGUAAGUCAGUGAGUGACCCACCAAGCAUUUGUGUGCUUGCUCUAGCCUCUGCUGUUAAAUUUUAUUAUCAGAAUGGGAUAUGAUGACUGCCCUCAGUUUGCAGUUACUAGCAAAUUAGCCAUAGUCCAUUUAAUACUAGCUUUCACAUCAGAGAAAUAUAUGCAAAAGAAGAUAGCACCCAGGACAGAGCCUUGUGGGACUCUGUUUAUAAUACUUCUUUGUCUUAUCGGAGAUCCCCAAUCUUAACAAUAUGUGUGUGUGUCAGUUAGCUAUCCAAUGAACUAGAUAUGGAUUAAUGUUGAUUUUGGGAGAGUUUGUUAAUCCCAACAUGGGGAGCAGAGCUAAAGCCUUUUCAAAGUUUAGUUUGUCAGCAUGGACUGUAUAAUUUUUAUCCAUGAUCUCGGUGACCCUUUUGAAGAACUCUACCAAACUGAGCAGACUUGUUCUGCCUUUUAAAUUACUAAAUUGGUGUGCAUCCAGGGAUAUAUAAUCAUAUAGAUUGAUUAUUAGUUAAAAUUAUUCCAUAUUCUUGGAAAUAUACUGGUGAGACUGGUAAGCCUAUAACAGUAGUGAAGGGAUUACAUUUAUGCUCCACAACAGUUGUUCUCCACACUUCGAGAAGUAACCAUUGCAGAAGCUCUGGUUGAAGAGUUGAUGGAGGAUUUUGUUGGGCGUGGCUUAGUACUUCUCGGCAAACAUUGAAAGAUUUUGUCAGGACCCAUGUAAUUAAGUAUUUUUAAUUCUGGAACUUCUCAAAAGGACUUGGUCAGAGUGAUUUUGGAGGCAAAGUACAAAGGGAAAUGAAGACGCAGAUGGGAGAACGGAUGGUGUGAAGUUGGAAGAGAAUUGGUCUGCAAAAAUAUUAGCACUGUCUUUGGGGGUGGGUCACCGAAGGAAGUAGCAUUACAGAUAUGUUUAAUGUAAUUGUUGUUUACUUCUAAGCUUACUAAUUUUGCUGAAGAAGGUUUUAUGGUGGCCUUUUGAAUUGUUUGCAGCACUAAGUUCAUAGCUGAUUUUGCAUUUCCUAAUGGUAGAGUUGAGGGAUUCACUUACUGUUUUAAAUCCCUUUUAUAAUGAUGAAAUGGAGAUCUUUAUAAAUGGCCAGGAAUAUUCCCUUUUUAGUUAGAAAUUAUUGAUGUUGGAGUUUUAAUAUGGGUUUAGUUUUAAACUUAUAAUUAUGCUUGUGUCAUAUUGGUAUAGAUAUCUCAAGACAUCCAUCUAAGCAAGCAAGCUAUGAUGGCCUUGAGCGUGGACAGUACAGGGGAAAUAAUGAAUCACCCAGGGGUGCUGUGAUGCCCAGCAUUACAAGAAGAGUUCCUCGUCACCCCUGGAAAGUCUCUUAUUUCCCAUGCAACAUCCACCCUGGAGAGCAUUAAUGCACGUGGAUAAUGAGCUGUUAAAAAUGUUUUGUAUUUUUUAUUACUGUAUACAGUUUUAUCACUUUUUUUGUUCAUCCACCCUAUAGUUUCAUAGUGCUGUAGCAUACACAAGUAUUUUUGAGCAAGUGUUUUGUAUCCAAAUUGUAAGUUAUUUAAAUAUUUAAUCUAUGUCUGUCUGUUUGUCUGUGUGUGUAUAGGUCCCCUACGGAAUUUCGAAGCUUAAAACUUCAAAAUCCUGAACGGAGAUUGGCAUACAGCACGAAACGGGCGAUUUCCCUUUUCCUCGGUAUAGUGUGAUCUCGGAGUUGGUAUAUUUAAGUUGCAGGGGAUGUGCGGGGUGCAGGGGGGCUUGCCCCCUUGCAGAAACAUGUUUUGUGAUGUGUUGACUGCUUUUGGAGACGGUGGUUCUUAAUUUCGAGAUUCCAACAUCUCUAGGUUCUGAAUUCGAUAUUCUGAACUUCGGGCUUUUGGUAUUUUGUAAUUAAGAAGU